UCAGGUGUGCCCGGCCCUGCCCUGCCUCGGCCCGGGAUGCGCUGAGCGGCCGCACAGCGAGGCCAUGGAGCCGCUGGAGACCAACAGCAGCUGCAGCAACGGGUCUCUGAUCACCCUUUCCUGCCUUUCCCACCGGGUUGUGUGCCAAGUGAUCAGCAGUGCUGUCCCCUCUGACCCCGUCCACGACAAUGGGACUUCAGAUAGCUCCUGGAUAACUCGGCUGGAGAACAAUUAUGGAUUCUACAUCGGCCUGGGCUUGGCUGUCUUCUCCAGCUUCCUCAUCGGGAGCAGCGUCAUCCUCAAGAAGAAGGGACUGCUCCGGCUGGUGGAGAAGGGAGGCACCAGGGCAGGAGAUGGAGGCCAUGGCUACCUAAAGGACUGGCUCUGGUGGGCUGGCUUGUUAACCAUGGGUGGAGGGGAAGCUGCCAACUUCGCUGCCUAUGCCUUUGCUCCUGCAACUAUUGUCACGCCUCUGGGGGCUCUGAGUGUGCUCAUAAGUGCCAUUCUGUCCUCGUAUCUGCUUGGAGAAAGGCUCAACCUGCUGGGGAAGCUGGGCUGCCUGCUGAGCCUGGUGGGCAGCACUGUGAUGGUCAUCCACGCCCCAGAGGACGAGGAGGUCACCACUCUGGAGGAAAUGACUUCCAAGCUGAAGGAGCCGGGUUUCCUGGCUUAUGCUGCCAUCCUCCUGGCUCUCUGCCUCCUCCUGAUCUUCUACCUCGCCCCCCGUUACGGGCAGAGCAGCAUCCUGGUGUACCUCACCAUCUGCUCCGUCAUCGGCGCCUUCUCCGUCUCCUCCGUCAAGGGCUUGGGAAUUGCCAUCAAGGGCUUCUUUGCUGGCCAGCCUGUGCUGCAGCACCCCCUGACCUGGAUCCUGGUCAUCACGCUGGUGGCAUCCAUCACCACUCAGAUCAACUACCUCAACAAGUCUCUAGACAUUUUCAACACCUCUUUGGUGUUCCCCAUCUACUACGUGCUGUUCACCACCAUCGUCAUCACCACUUCCAUCAUCCUCUUCAAGGAGUGGGUCACCAUGACCGUGGUUGACAUCAUUGGGACAGUCUGUGGCUUCCUCACCAUCAUCUUGGGGGUGUUUUUACUCCAUGCUUUCAAAGACCUGGAUGUCAGUUUAGGGAACUUGCCCCAAGUCCUUCAGAACGAGCAGCCGGUGCCAGUGACCAGAGAUGACAAGAACAUCCUGAUAGAGGUGGACAACUCCAGCAUCGCCCCAGAGGAUAAACCCAAAACACUUGCAUGAACUCUAAACACCCACCAGCGUCUCAAGAGGAGGUGAGAGACAAGGACUGAACGGUGCUAUUCAGACUCUGCUCAUCCAUGUUUAAUCACUUGCUCUGCUAAUAAGGGGACAAGAAUAUUUGGUGAAUUUUGCAAUAGCUGCUCACUCAGUCUCAGUGGCAAGACUCAAGCCAUGAAGUAUUUUUACAAAGAUCUUUUUCAGCUUUGGUUUUUUUGUGAGGUGCAGGAGUUUCCCUGAAGCAGUGUUAAUUAUUUUCAUGGGAGUUUUGCUUGGUUGUUUUUUGUUUUUUCCUGAGCAGCUCUGGUGCCCAGGCCUUGGUGAAGUUGCUGGGCCUGACCCAGACCCCACCUGAGGAAGGGAGGGGAGCUCUGGCAGGAUAAACCCCAUGUCACAAGAAACUCUGCCAUUGUCUCCAAAACUUCUUGUGACAAUUUUUUCAGUCUGAAAGACCAAGUGGCUGUAAAUAGUAAGUAUUUUUUCCCUCAGGAAAUAGGUUGACCUUGGAAAACCCCCCAUAUUAUUUGAGCCCCAUGAGGUGUCCUGCUGUCCUCUGAGAUUCUCACAUGAUUAUACCUGGGUGUGAGCAUCACUGAGCAAAUACAAUGUGGGACUUUGAGAGAGAGGACAAUGCAAUUUCCUAUUUUAAUAACAUUUCAGUGCUAUCUUUUUGGAAUGUGGAAAGGGAAAUAAAGGUCUUUUUCAAAAAGAAAAAAAAAAGUUGCAGGUGGAUCUGAAAGUUUUUCAUUAUUUCAUCUUACUAGUGUAGCCCUAAAUGAUAGAGACUGAGGGACAGCUGAGAACAACAAAAAGAAUCUGGAGCAGAGUAAAACAGCAGCGACCUCCUUUGGUAGCAAAAAAUAAUCCAAGUUACUCACUCCAGCUUUGGCAUCCUAAUCAGUGUGAUGCUUUGUGCAUUGUAUUUUAGGAAAUGGCUGUAAAUGGGACUCAUCUUUCUUCACUCUAGAAGUGCAUUUCAUAAAAGCAAUCCUGCCAUCCCUGCAGAAAUGCCAUGUAGAAAAUGAAGAUUUGAACUGAGGUGAUGAAAUAAUAGACAGUGAAACAGUAUUUGGUAAUGACAACCAACAAAUUUUAUUAAAACUAGGCAAAAGGCACAAUGAAUUGCAUUCUUCAAGUAUUUGCAUAGAUGCAUAGAGAGCAUUAUUGUAAACCAUUAACAUGUGGACAUGGGAGAAAGUGAGAUGUAUUUUGUUAUAAGUUCUCCCAAGUACUAUUAUCUUUCCAAAAAAUCAGGUUUUACCAUCUUUUACUCCUCCUGCAGUUCUCCUGGUCUCAUUCACUCAACUUGCACAAGUUGAAAAUUUAAAAGGACUCACUUAAAACUACCUUUUGGAGAUCUUUGUGGUAUUCCAGCAAUAAAGUUUUCUAUUAGAGUUUGGA